AUGACUCAACAACAAACGCCUACGAAGAUUACUAAUAAAUUGCUUUCAGAAGAGUUUUUGAAUAAGUUUGAUACUUUUCUGUUUGAUUGUGAUGGUGUUUUAUGGUUGGGGACAAUCUUGUUGCCAAGUAUUAGAGAAACUUUGGAUAUGUUGACUUCAUUGGGCAAGCAAUUGAUUUUUGUUACCAAUAAUUCAACUAAAUCUAGAAAGGCAUAUACAAAGAAAUUUGAAUCCUUUGGUAUUAAAGUUACAGAAGAUCAAAUCUUCACUUCUGGUUAUGCUUCUGCUGUCUAUGUUCGUGAUUUCUUGAAGUUACAACCUGGCAAGGACAAGAUUUGGGGGUUUGGUGAAGCUGGUGUCAGAGAAGAAUUGACCCUAAUGGGGUUCGAAACUUUAGGUUGUGAUGAUCCAGGUUUAAAUCAACCUUUUGAUGCUUCUACCUCACCAUUCUUGGUCAAUGGUUUGGACAAGGAUGUAAAAUGUGUCGUCGCUGGUUUGGAUCAUAACGUCAACUAUCAUAGAUUAGCCAUCACUUUACAAUAUUUACAACAGCCAGAUGUUGAAUUCGUUGGUACCAACGUCGAUUCUACUUUCCCACAAAAGGGUUAUACUUUCCCAGGUGCAGGUUCUAUGGUUGAAUCUGUCGCAUUCUCUUCUGGUAGAAGACCAGCUUACUGUGGUAAGCCAAAUAAAAAUAUGUUGAAUACCAUUGUAAGUGCCUUCAAUUUGGAUAGAUCAAAAUGUUGUAUGGUCGGUGAUAGAUUGAACACUGAUAUCCGUUUUGGUCAUGAAGGUGAAUUGGGUGGUACUUUGUUGGUUUUGACAGGUAUCGAGACAGAAGAAAGAGCAUUGGAAGUCACUUCAGAACACCCAAGACCUGCUUACUAUGUUGAGAAAUUAGGUGAUCUUUACGAAUACACUCAUUAA